GACAUUAUUUAUCUUUCGUUUUCCGCAAUCAAUAGUGGGGAAUUUCUUUCUGAUGAAAUAUAUUUAAGAACACGUAACAUUUUGGAAUUGGUCUGGACUACGGUGACGUGUAGAUUGCUUGUGAUUAUGAUGAAGGCAAAAGAAAGCAGAUGUUUAUGUUUAUCACAUUUGCGGUAUCUCAGAUAUUAUCUGUUGUAUAAAACAAGAGCAUUGACGUAUAGCACUUGCAGCACAUUAUAAAACGUACAGUAUACUGUAACAAAGUGUUCACGAAGUCGUCACUUGAAGUCACGGGCCCAGGUUCCCAAGAUAUGAAGGACUCCCUGGCGUUUGAGAUUCUCACCAACAUCAUGUCGUCUGCCGAUGAGUGGCGCGAGGACAACCCAGGACCUUCCACGUCGCAGGACAGCGUCGACCCGACCAUCAGGUUCAACAUGAACGACGACGUCUUUGACAGCUUCUACAGCGACGACGGCGGCAGCAACCCCAUGUGGACGGAGAGCAUCGUGGAGAUCGGCGACAACAGCAACAGUAACAGCAACAGCACUGACUUUGAGGACGUGUCCCAGAGCGGCUCUUACAGCGGGACCUUGCUAGGGGACUCCAUGUUGGACGUCGUCAAGGUGGAGCUUAAGUCGAGGAUCCAGAAGAAGAGACUGGACUCCGGCCAGCAUGAACUGGAGGUUAGCUUCGACCAGCCGUCGCACUCAAAGCUCUCUAAAGAAGACCGAAAACUUCGAGAAAGCAGAAAAGAGAAAAAUCGGUUAGCAGCACAAAAGUGUCGAGAGAAGAAGCAGAAAAGGAUAGACUAUUUGGAAACGAAUAUUGAUCGUCUAGAAAACCGGCGGACAUCCCUGAAGGACGAGGUUCAGAGACUGCAGGACGAGCGAGAACACCUCGAGGAGGUCAUCAAGGUGCAUCACAUCGUCUGUCCGAAAAUCAGGAAACUCGGGGACUCGUGAGGCGUCUCGGAAACUCACGAGGCGUCACAGAGACUAACGAGGCGUCACUGAUGUCCACGAGGCGUCACGGAGAACGUAACGCAGACUUUAGAACUUGCAAAACGGACUUCAAAACGUGAAGCGACUUUGAUGACGUGAAAUAAAGACUCAAUUCGUUAUAUUAUGAUGUCUGAGGGUAUGAAGCAGAUAUGUGAUAAACAGAAAGCAUGUGUGAGAACCACAUAUUAGAACCACGUGUGAGAACCACGUGAUGACGGGCAUUAAGACAUUAAGAUUAUGUAUUUAAAUCUUGAUAGUUUUGAGCAUAUGAUUGUUGUCAUUUGUUAAUCCACAGAAUCUCUCGGCCAAAGAAAGUAAUCCUAGUUGUAGGUGUCAUGGAAGAAGCGUUGGGAAGAGUUUCUGCCAGAGGGUACGAUAGGUAAAAUUACGUAACCUAAAAUCUUGCAAAUUAAUGGAUACAUUUUUAUAAAAGUUUUCUUUAAAAGAUUAUAAUAAGAAAACUUCUGUUUAAAAUAUGUCAAAGUACAUGAAAUGUGGUAUCUAAUUUGAAAACAUUUCAAACCCACAACCACCUAGUAGGAGCACUUAUGAUCUGGGGUUUUUAUAUAUUAUUAUUACGUACCCACAAAUUAUUGUCUGGCAGAAAGCCUGGAGCUGAUCAGUUAAACUGUUGCAGGUAUCGGAUAAUGUUCGGUCAGAGAAAAUAAAUUGGAUUAUAGUCGUAUAGAUCAUACGGACAUCUCAUCCAUUAUGUAGUAUUCACGAGCUGUGUUAUAGAGUCAUUUAGAUUGUGUUAAUAUGUCAUAGUUGGUAGUUGACAAGUAGCAUAUUUCAUAUCAUACAUCUUUGUUUUGUUUUGUUGUUGCCAAAAUUAUUGAAAUAUUAGAUGCAUUUUUAUAUUACAAUGAACCACACGCGCGAUUUUAUAUCACCGAGAAAGCUUUUGUUGCUUUAGUAGUAAUGUAGACUGAAGCUGUAUUAAAAUAUAUUGUCACAAAUUAUGCUGAGUAAAAUAGCUAUCAUUACAUUAGCAAAACCAAUAAAAAAGGGUAAUGCAAUGAAAGUUAAAGGGGGUCACAUUUGAAGCAAAAAUCUUUGGUUGGUAUGUAUUCGCCAUGCAUAUAUUGUUAUGGCGUAAAGUGUUUGUUUUUGUCGUGUACAAAUUUAUACUUUGGACACGAUAACGAUUUUAUUGAUUUGACUGUAGUCAUUGAUAUCGCAAUGAGCAUUUAAACAAGUUAAACUUGAAGGCAUGCGUGGUGAUUAUCAGUUUCAAUCAUGUACAACUUAUGGCAAACAAAACAAAGACUUACUUCAAGGCUGGAUGAACAGAGCAUUUCAUGCUGUAAUAUAGUGAGAUUACGCGUGGGUGUCAUUGGUAAGUAGACGUAUAACCAACUGUUAAUAUACCACUUUCCAUUACUCUAGUUGCAAGCGGGGUAAGGCAUGGGAAGUGGGUGUUGCUAAUUAACGUUAUCCACCAACCAUAAACUAUAACAAUUAUAAAUAAUUAAUUCAUGCUUUUCUUGUCUUCCUUGGUACUUUAUUUUGCCGUGUACUGAUAAGAAUGCCUUAGCAAUGACGUUGGUAGAAAGUAUGCAAGCAAAUUAUUAUGUGUACCAUUUCGGAGUUUUAAAAUUUUAUAUUCACAACGUUUAUAAAAUAUACAUAUACAUAUAGUUCAUCGCUAUAGCUAUUUAGACGAAGGAUGUUAUGUAACCUCUGUAAAUGUUAAAUUUUGUCUCCGAGUGCUUAAAAACGUAAGCUUCACUUGAUAUAUAUAUGUAUAUGUUUUUGCUUAAAAUAUUUCGUACAUACCAAUUUAUGUUUUACUUCCAACUUCCAAACAAGAUUUGAAAAACUUGGUCAAAGGGAUUGCGAAUGUAUUGAUCAAUAUAACGUUUCAUGUUUUAGUUUUUAAAAAAGGUUCAUUACCCAGAUUUAAAUAAUAGUAUAUAAAUAUGUGUGUGAAUUUGUCCACUGCCCAUUUAUUGGCUUUAAAACUCGGUACAGUCCGUUUAGUAUUUUGACAGUCGGACUAUGACAAUAUAUUUUUCAUAACAUGUAGGUUAUACAAUACAGCGACAUAGUUUCGUAUCUGGUGUUUAUAUUACAGUUAGGCGUUACCCCAUGAAUAUUUUGUCUGUGCUUGUUCGUGUUUAAUAAGUUCAGGUCAUAUCUGUUUGUAUACAUUUGUUUUUAUUCAAGUUUGAUAAAUAUAUAUUUGGUUUUUUCUUCUUCUUUUUUUAAAAAUCUGUCAUUGUUUGUUUGUGUUUGUUUGUGUAUGACUGUGUUAACUGUUAUUGAAUGUAUAGCUCCGUGUGACUGUUACGGGUGUAUGUUGCACCCAUGUCACAUAGUUUAGUGUUGUUUCAUCUUCUGUUACGAGUGUAUGUUGCACCCAUGUCACAUAGUUUAGUGUUGUUUCAUAUUGAAAUACGGUGCUGUUGUUAUUGUUACUUAAUAAACUAUACAUUUCUA